GCAACUGUGUUCUCAAACUACGCCCAUCCAUGGCUUCUCAUACUACACCCUUGUAUGUCUGCCUUUUCUUCUUCUCUAUCUCCUACCUCCCCUCCACCUUGACAGAGUCGGACAACUAUAUUGUCCACAUGGACUUAUCAGCCAUGCCUAAAGCAUUCUCCAGCCACCAUAACUGGUACAUGGCCACUCUUGCCUCCGUAUUGGAAAAUUCUCAACUUAGCUCAUCCACCAACAAAUACACCUCCUUUUCUCCUUCAUCUUCUAAACUCAUUUAUAGUUAUAGCCAUGUUAUAAAUGGCUUCACUGCAAGUCUCUCCCCCUCUGAGCAUGAGGCCCUGAAAAGUUCUUCGGGUUAUGUUUCUUCGAUCCGGGACUUGCCAGUUAAAGCCGACACGACUCAUUCGUCCCAGUUUCUUGGCCUUAACGCCAACUCGGGCUCGUGGCCGAUGUCAAACUAUGGCCAGGACAUCAUAAUUGGGUUGGUGGAUACAGGAGUUUGGCCAGAAAGCAAAAGCUUUAAUGACAACGGCAUGUCCGAAGUUCCGUCAAGAUGGAAAGGAGAAUGUGAUGGUGGCAACCAAUUCAACUCUUCUUUGUGCAAUAAGAAGCUCGUUGGAGCUCGGUUCUUUAACAAAGGUCUGAUUGCCAAAAAUCCCAGUGCGACAAAAACCAUAAGUAAUUCCACGCGAGAUAUAAAUGGGCACGGGACGCACACCUCGAGCACGGCUGCUGGAAAUUUUGUGGAGGAUGCCUCCUACUUUGGCUAUGCCCCGGGAACCGCUAGAGGCAUAGCUCCAAGGGCACGGGUGGCCAUGUACAAGGCGCUGUGGGACGAGGGUGGCAUGACAUCCGAUCUUAUUGCCGCCAUUGAGCAAGCAAUUCUGGACGGUGUAGAUGUCAUAUCAAUAUCAUUGGGUUUGGAUGGAGUCCCUUUGUAUGAAGACCCUAUUGCCAUAGCCACAUUUUCAGCGUUAGAGAAGGGUAUUUUCGUCUCUACAUCAGCAGGAAACAAGGGGCCUUUCAUUGGGACCCUACACAACGGCACGCCGUGGGUUCUAACCGUUGCUGCCGGCACCAUGGACCGUGACUUUGGCGGAGUCAUUAAACUUGGCAAUGGAGAUUCAGUCCCCGGUCCGUCUCUUUUUCCGGGGAAUUCAACUUCAAGCAAAAUCCCAAUUGUUUUCAUGGAUGCUUGUGACAACCUGAAGAAACUGAUGAAAAUUGGGAACAAGAUUGUUGUUUGCCAAGACAAGAAUGGUUCCGUUAGUGACCAAGUUGGCAAUCUUACACAAGCAAAAGUGGCCGCUGCAGUCUUCAUAACGAAUAUUAACGACUUGGAGUCCUUAUUAAUCCAAAGCACAUUUCCAUCAAUUUUUUUAAACCCAAAAAGCGGAGAAACAGUUGAACACUACAUCAAGACGAACUCCCAGCCAAAAGCAAGCCUGGAGUUUCGAAAGACAACUCUCGGCACCAAGCCAACACCAUCUGUCACUAGCUACAGUUCUAGAGGGCCGUCUCCCAGCUGCCCAUUUGUCUUGAAGCCUGAUCUAAUGGCUCCUGGAGCAUUAGUCUUAGCCGCAUGGCCUCCAAAAAUUCCAGCCGCCACGCUACUAGACUCGCAGGUACUAUUUAGUAACUUCAAUCUGUUGUCUGGCACAUCCAUGUCAUGCCCGCACGCAGCAGGAGUGGCUGCUCUUCUGAAGGCGGCGCACCCUGAAUGGAGCCCCGCGGCCAUCAGGUCAGCCAUGAUGACAACGUCGGAUACAGUGGACAACACACAAGGCCCCAUCAAAGACGUAGACAAUGACAACAAACCGGCUAGUCCUUUCGCCAUGGGUGCUGGGCAUGUCAACCCCAACAAGGCAAUAGAUCCCGGUCUAAUUUACGACGUGAAGUUAGAAGAUUACGUGAAUCUUCUAUGCGCACUAAAUUACUCCAUGAAGCAAAUUCAAACUAUCACCAAGUCGGCUUCAUACAACUGUUCCACUCCGUCCUUGGAUCUUAACUACCCUUCUUUCAUUGCGUUCUUCAAUGCGAAUGACUCGAAUUCUGAUUUGAAAACCGUACAAGAAUUCCACAGAACAGUGACCAACAUUGGAGGGCAGUCAACGUACAUCUCAAGCGUCACACCCAUGAAGGGGAUUCAGGUCCGUGUCACGCCAGACAAAUUAGUGUUCAAGGAGAAGAACGAGAAUCAAAGUUUCAAGCUAAGCAUAGAAGGUCCACGACGACUACAAGAGGGUACAGUUUUCGGUUAUCUCAGCUGGUCUGAUACUGCCGGUAAACACGUGGUCAGAAGCCCCAUUGUGGCCACCGGUAUCAGCUCGAAUUUAUUGCCGCAGGGCUGACUUGUCUUCUCAGUAAAAGUUAUUUUAGGUUAAGCCAACCGGUUGGUAAUUGCGGCCAAACAAAACAAAACAAAACAAAACAAAACCCGCUUGGUGAUGAAACUUGUAGCAAUGCAUGCAGCUUGUUGGAUGGGGUUUCGUGUGGCUGUUGUACAAUCACUUUUUCAUAUCGUGAAAAUUAAUAUAUCUAUCAAACGAUUUUCCA